CCAAAGUGUGGCUCCGCCUCCAGAGAGGUUUACACCGUUGCUUUGCAGUCUGGCAGAGUUCCCGUCUACCAGGACACAAGCGACUGACUGAGCAAGUGAAUUCUUCCUAAGUUUGGGACAGUGGAGUGAGGAGACCUCCGCGACCUCUUGAAUGGACGGCUUACAACAAACACACUGACGUUCACUCAAUCCUGAUGUCACCAGGUCUAAUGGGAGUAUAAAGCGGGCCCGCUGAGGUCGUGCGUGGAGUAAAGGGGACUAGGGAUGUUUUGAGGCGCCCGCUGUAGCUGGUAACUUCAACGGCGGAUAGAACUCUCAAAGAAACUCUGAAGUAAGUGGAAUAACUCGGGAGCCUGGCUGCGAUGACCCUGAACACCCAAAGAGGCGUCGGCCAUGCUGCCUUGCAAAGGCGCGCGAGCUCUCCUGUGCCCUCUGCCCACCAGCACGCCCGCGCCCACCCUGUGCGUAGCCUGACCACAGAGAGGGAGCUGGCCGCCUGCCCCUCUCUGCCCCCCCGCAAACCCACACUGGGCUACUCCAUCUCCUGCCAGCCCAUGGACAGGGAGCCCACCGGGUGGUCCUCCGACUCGGCCGAAUCCGAUGCCUCCAGCGACUCCGGCUGCGGAACAUUCCGGGUACUGCUCCUCGGCGACUCCGGAGUGGGAAAGUCCAGCCUGGCCAAUGUCUUUGCUGGGAUCCAGGAUGCUCACUUGGAGGACUCUGGAGAAGAUACGUAUGAACGAACAUUAACGGUUGAUGGAGAGGACACAACAUUAAUAGUGAUGGAUACUUGGGGAAUUGAGGGUGAGGAACCGUGGGUGCAGGAUUACUGUAUGCAGGUGGGCAACGCCUACAUCAUUGUCUACUCCAUCACGGACCGCACCAGCUUUGAGAGCGCGUCCGAGCUCCGCAUCCAGCUGCGGAGGAUGCGGCAAGCAGAAAACAUCCCCAUCAUCCUGGUGGGAAACAAGAGCGACCUGGUGCGGUGUCGCGACGUCUCUGUUGAAGAGGGUCGCGCGUGUGCGGUGGUCUUCGACUGCAAGUUCAUCGAGACGUCCGCCACCCUCCACCACAAUGUGACGGAGCUCUUCGAGGGCAUCGUGCGCCAGAUCCGCCUGCGCAAGGACAGCAAGGAGGCCAACGAGCGGCGGAUGGCCAACCACAAGAGGCGGGAGAGCAUCACAAAGAGAGCCCGCCGCUUUCUCAACAGGUUCGUGGCAAAGAACAACAAAAAGAUGGCCUUAAAAGUCAGGUCAAAAUCUUGUCACGACCUGUCGGUUUUGUAGAAGUCCCAAUAACCCAACUACCAGUGGGGAACUGUAAAACGCAACCAGCUAGUUACAUCAGGACCAAGAUGUGUUCACUUCUAUGCCUCUCCUGAUGACCCUUGUUGGUGGCCAUUGUCUCGUGAUCGGCUGGCUGUUUGAUCCCGAUGGAGAAAACUUGACUCGGUGAAGAUGGCAGCCAGCAAGAUGGGUUCCUGCAACAUCUUCCUGAAGAACUUCCGUUCAAAAAGGGAAGAAUGAACCAAAGUCCCACAAAUAGAUGCAUGAACCAAGCAUACAGUAUAUGUUACAUUAUAAAGGUGUGGAAAAAAGCACUGCUGGUUGAUAUCUGGGCAAACAAGACUAUGACGCUUCCAUUCUCUUCCAUUGAAGAUACAUCCUUCCUUUGGCAGAGUAAUCCUCAAGGUGAUUGCCUUCUGCUUGGUACAGGUGGUUCUGCUACAAUGCAGUGAUUUUGUUCCUGAGAACCCUCGCAUUAUAGAAUAUCGCUUUAAUAAUUGUGGCGAUGCAGUUGGGGGCUAAUGCGUUUCAGACUCUUAUCCCCCACGGCAGGAUUUUCAAACGUAAAGGUCUUUUUAAUUGCUACAAGUUUGUUUUUGUUACUGCAAGCUAAAGGUAUAAGGGCAUUGUUUAAUAGAGUAUCUUUGGACUUUAAAGAAACCGUGUGAAAAAAGGCCCUUCAGCCCACCGAGUGUGUGCCAACCAUCGAUCAUCCCGUACACUAGCACUAUCCAACGCACGAGGGACAAUUUACAAUUUUUACAAAGCCAAUCAGCCUUCAAGCCUGUACAUCUUUGGAGUGUAGAAGGAAACCGGAGUACUCGGCGAAAACCCACCCAGUCACAAGAAGAAUGUACAGACAGCACCCAUAGUCAGGAUGAAAUCCAGGUCUCUGGCGCAGUAAGACAGCAACUCUACCGCUGCGCCAUUGUGCCGCCCCAAGGAUCAAUAGAAGUGAUUGCUUAUCAAUUUCAUUGGCCACCUGCAGUGAAACUGACAACUGGUGUUCUUAGGUGGCAAUGAUGUCUGAUUACUGCAGGGAGGUUACAUGAAAACCAAGUUUUUUUUUUCCCCAAAUAAUUUUUUUCCCCAUGACAGCUUUUUUUCUGCUUGUCAAUUUCCAAAGUAGUUAUAGGUGGUUCUCUAGUGCCUGAUCAAAAUUGUGCAAUACCCAAUUUGGCCCGCAUAAUACAAAUAGUAAUCCCUAAUGCAUCAGUCGCAUUAUAUUCAAUUCACAGUAUGAAAGAGCGCUUGAUAGGCAAACUACCUGUACAUAGAGUGGAAGCAGGCCCUUCAGCAAAACUUGCCCACACCGACCAACAUGUCCCUUCUACACUAGUCCCACCUGCCUGUAUUUGGCCCAUAUCCCUCUAAACCCAUGCUUUAAAAUGUACCUGUCUAAAUAUUUCUUAAAUGUUGUGAUAGUACCUGCCGAAGGAACCAGUGGGCUGAAGGUUUAUGUGCUGUAUCUCACUAUGGCUCAAUGAAAUGCUCAUAUUUUUAAAAGGUUAAUAGGAUCAAUGAUUAGACUGAAGAUUACUCUAGAGACACAGUUUCCCCUCCAGAGAUAGAUAGAAAGGCAAUUAUUGAAGAAAAGCAUUUAAAGAAAUCAGAAGGAAUGCAAUGUUAUAUUCUGGAUGAUCCAGGCAGCGAAUCUCAAUUUCCAAGCGAUUCCAAGCCAAAAUUGGAGGGUUGAUAAUCCUAUUUCUAUACCUAACUUCUGAAUAUUUUUAUAUCUAAAUCUCCAGGUGUUUAAGGGUUCCACACACAAUGGAUGGUUGGGAAUACUGCACGUAUUGAGACCAUAAAGGAUGUCUAUGUUGGGCUUAACUGCGAAGGCCCAUGUAUAAAUUCAUUGGCCCUAAUAUAAUGUACAGAAUUUUCUACCUGCUUUCUAUGUUGACUUUUGCUGGCGAAUUUUGAACCAAUUUCUGUAAUAUAGCACUUUGUGUAUUGUAGAUUUAACUUUUGCAAUAAAAAUGGUCUUUGAUUUCUAAAUCAUA